AUGUUGUCAAAGAAUCUGGAAAAUGAAUUUGCGCAAAAAAUUACGUAUACUUCACAGGAAGCCGGCACUGGGCAUUCGGCUCUGUCUGCUGAACUGUCGGAACUUUCAUCAGCAGUUUCAAAUCUCCGCAAUGAAUUUGAUAAGUUACGACGAGAGAAGGAGGCCAAAAUCGCGGAAUUUGCUCAUGCAAUAAUGUCACGUGACUCUAAGCAGGGCGAUGAUUUGAAUUUGCUCAAAAUCGAAUUGAAAAAUAAGAUAAAGGAU